AUGCUUUUAUAUAAGUUAAGCUUUGACGAGAUGAAAGAGGUUUUCGGACCGGAAUCUUGGGAAGAAGCGGAGAAGAGACAAACAGCAGGAGCUGGACCUGCCAGCGCUGCGGGUGGACGAGGCAGAACCGCGAGGAGCCACGGCGAAGAGGAAGGAGCGAGGGCCCGGGAGGGUGGUGCCCAUGUCCCACAUCUCCGGAGUGAAGCGGCCGCUCACCCACACCAACUCCUUCACCGGGGAGACCCUCCCGAAGUACGGAGUGCAGGCGCCCAACGAGGAGGCUUUAGGAAAGGAAAACUCGUUGACGAUAAUUGCGGAAAGACGGGUUCCAAAUCCUGUUAUAAGGUGAUGGUGCUCCAAGUUGAUGGAUGGUUAAGGGUGUCCCGAAGGCAGAUUCCCUCGGUCGGAGGCUGUGCUAUCGCAUUCAUCAUUUAA